CAGUUAUUUAUCAUCAGUCAUCUCAUAUAUCAACAUGUAUCCUUCGGCACUGUCUCGUGGCUCUCGAUUCCCGCCUUCUAUCUGGCUGCCCAGUGCCCAGUGCCGUCCUGUCUGUGAGGUGAAGCAAGUGGUCAUUUGUGCAUAUCAUUUUCAGCCAUGGGGAAGCCUAAGGUGAAGCCAGUCACAUCCCUUAUAGGUCCUCUGCACAACUUCACAGGGGAAGAGGUGGCCACCCUGAGAAGCCACCUCCUAGCCUGGUAUGAUGCCAACCACAGGGUGUUGCCGUGGCGCACCAUUGCCGCCACUGAGCCCAACCCUCACAGGAGAGCCUAUGCUGUCUGGAUCUCAGAGAUAAUGCUGCAGCAGACCCAGGUGAGCACGGUGGUGAGCUACUUUGAGAAGUGGAUGUCCAGGUGGCCCACAGUGGAGGACUUGGCACAGGCAACCCUGGAGGAGGUGAACCAGGCAUGGUCUGGCCUGGGCUACUACUCCAGGGUGCGCAGGCUGCAUGAGGGCGCUGUCAAGGUGGUUGAGAAACUGAAGGGAAAGUUUCCAAGUGACAGGGAUGGUCUGGUGGAGGAACUGCCAGGGGUUGGCCAGUACUCAGGCAGUGCCAUCGCAUCCAUCGCUCUGGGCCAGGCUGUCGGGGUAGUGGAUGGCAACGUGAACAGGGUCUUGGCUCGUGUCAGGGGGAUUGGCAUGGAUAUCUCAGCUCCUACAACUGUGGCACACAUGUGGGCUUUGGCAGAUGAGAUUGUUGAUGCAGAGAGACCAGGGGACUUCAACCAGGCGAUGAUGGAACUUGGGGCCACCGUCUGCACACCAAAGGCUCCAAAAUGCAGCUCAUGCCCCCUGCGCUCUCUAUGUGUGGCUCAGCAAAGAUCAGGGUGUGUGCAGCAGAGGAGCUCCAUCAAGAAUCACUUCCAGCAGCAUAAGGAAAGUGCAGAGGAGGAGACGUCCGCUAUACCAGAUAUAGAAUGUGUGGCUGGGUGUGACUUUUGUCUCCAGAAAGAAGACUGGGAUGAAAGUCUUGGUGUGCAGAAUUACCCAGUUAAGGGACGAAAGACAAAGCAGAGGGAGGAGACGACAGCAGUGGUGAUUUUGAAGUGUGAGGACGGCAGGAUGUUACUGGUGCAGCGUCCCAAGGGAGGCUUGUUGGCCAGCUUGUGGGAGUUUCCACACAUUGCACUCACUGAGGAAAGCGAGGAGCACUGGGAGAAGACUGUAGGUGGGCAGGUAACGGAGCUUUUUGGCGUCCUUGAAUCUGACGCUGCAUCCAGAACAUUUAUUGCUGAUGUCACUCAUAUUUUCUCUCACAUCCGACAGACAUACAGAGUGUAUAAAAUCCGUGUGGCCAGCGAGAGAGGUGUCUGCUGGCCGGAGAGAUACCAGGGAGGGCAGUGGAUGACUAGGGAACAAUUUCUUUCAUCUGCCACCUCAACAGCCAUGAAGAAGGUCCUGAAGGCUGUGGAAGCUCAGGAGGGUAAAAGCAAGGACAAGAAAAGCAAGAAGUCUUCUGCAGACCAGCCCAGCAAGAAACAGAAGACAAUUUCCCAAUUCUUCUCAACUGUUGCCAAGAAGUAGAGGAAAUUCCAUCCAGUAAAUCUUUUCUUUCCCCAACAGCUGGCCACCUACAGACAGAGGUGGCACCUAAAGAGAGCUAGAAUGCAUCGUCCCUGUACUUUGGCGUUUAGAAAGGUAAAUGUAAGGGUUUGUUGGUGAAAGGGUGAGGCAAUUCUCCUGCCUUCUCAUGUGGCUCACAGAAUUACAGACUGUGUUGGCACCCAGAGAUUGGUAGAAUGCAUUUUAUGACCCUAUACUUUGUUAGAAAGGUAAAUAUAGGGAUGCAUUGAUGAAGGGGAGAGACUGUUCUCACCCCCUCACUCUUGUGUCACCUAAAGAUUGGCAGAAUGCAUCAUCCCUAUACUGUGACUAUUGAAAAAGUAGAUAUAGGAGUGUGUGUCAGUGAAGGGGUGAGGCCUCCCUCCUACCCUCUCUUUUGUGACCUCCCAUCACUCUGUUCCUGCCUGUGGUAUGGGCAGCCAAGGGAUGUGCUGUAAUACAUGUCUUCGUAUUCUCAGUGUGUUGUGAGAGGCAACUUGGCAGGGAUGAGGUGGAGGGCUGUGGACCCUUCCCUUGGCAUGGUCCCUUUUAUGAAAAGUACAAUUUUUUAUACAUACCUCAUUUAUACUAAUUCAUGCUCAAAUUGAGGGGAGUUUUUAUACAAGCUAAAUAUUUUACGAACGGUAUUACUGUAAUUUAACUGAAUAUAUUUUAUGAGAAACUUAC